AUGCCCUCACUCGGCCGUGCUCUAAUCACCAUCGCCGCCAUCUCCAACGUCAUCUCUCCUUUCCUAGCCGACUUCAACCACACCCACAUCUAUAACCCGCGAUGGACGGGACACGCGAAAUACCACACCGGCCAAACACUGUCCUUCGGGGUGCUGCUGGGCAUCUCGACUCUCUACUACACCUGGAAAGAGCCGCGGGGCAAACCCGAGUCCUUGUGGGUCGCGGCAUGGCUCGGCACGAUGUACUGGGUGACCUCCCUCAGCGCGGUCUUGUAUCCCAAUACCAAGGCAGUCGAUCCCGAGUUUGGGGAUGGGUUUCCACAGUUGUGGGUCAACACGGCGCAUCUGACGUUUGUCUGGGGCGGACUCUAUCUGGCGCUGGCUCGGGAGGGAGCUCGGCAGAAGAGGGAGUAA